CAUUUCCCCUCCCACUUUUGUGUAUAAUAUCUCUGUGCGUGUGUGUGUGUGUGUGGUGGAGUGGCUGCUGACCCAGAGGGAUAGAGGCUUGUUCUGGAGGUUGGUUGAUCCGACUAUUAUCCUCGAUCCGCCUUGAUCCCAGCCACAAAGAGAGCGAGGUACUUUGCUUCCUUGCCCUGAGUCCAAUUCCUUCUCUCGUCGCCACCCGCGGCCACUUUUGCUGCAGCUGAUUUGGGGAUUAUUUGAAACCUCCACGAAGAAUUUGCUUUCCCUUCCCGCAGCUUCAGAUCCCCUCCGCUUCCUUUGCAUGUGUGUGAGGGCUGUUUUUCCUGGAGGUGAUUGAUUUACAGCGAGGAGUGCCUGUGUCUUUUCUGCCUGCUGGUGGUAUUGGGGCUUCCAGCCAGAGGCUACCGCGAUAGAGAGAGAAACGCCACUGAUUUGUAUUGGGUUGACUUCCUCCCUCUCAUUUCUGCUGGCAUACUGUGAAUGUUUCUGUGCGUGGAGGGGGUUGUGGAAAUAACACAAAAAGCAACGAGGCACACUGGAAAGAAUGAAAAAAGUGUGCCAAGGUUCUUGAUCACAGAAGUGGGAACUAACUAGGCUCAUGUUUUCGCCUGAUCAAGAAAAUCAUCCAUCAAAAGCACCAGUGAAAUAUGGUGAACUGAUUGUGUUGGGGUACAAUGGCUCUCUGCCAAAUGGAGAUAGAGGAAGAAGAAAAAGCAGAUUUGCUUUAUUUAAAAGGCCCAAAGCAAAUGGGGUGAAACCUAGCACUGUGCAUAUUGCCUGCACUCCUCAGGCAGCAAAGGCAAUAAGCAACAAAGACCAGCACAGUAUAUCCUAUACCUUGUCUCGAGUUCAGACAGUAGUGGUUGAAUAUACACAUGACAGCAACACAGACAUGUUUCAGAUUGGACGAUCAACAGAGAGCCCUAUAGAUUUUGUAGUGACAGAUACUGUUCCCGGAAGCCAGAGCAAUUCAGAGACUCAGUCUGUUCAGAGCACCAUCUCAAGAUUUGCUUGCAGGAUCAUAUGCGAACGAAAUCCUCCUUUCACAGCAAGAAUAUAUGCCGCUGGCUUUGACUCCUCCAAAAACAUAUUUCUAGGGGAGAAAGCUGCCAAGUGGAAGACGUCAGAUGGGCAAAUGGAUGGGUUAACCACAAAUGGAGUUCUUGUUAUGCAUCCACGCAAUGGAUUCACUGAAGACUCCAAGCCAGGAGUGUGGAGGGAGAUAUCUGUAUGUGGGAACGUGUUUAGCCUCCGCGAAACAAGAUCUGCUCAGCAGAGAGGGAAAAUGGUUGAAAAUGAAACAAACCAACUCCAGGAUGGUUCAUUGAUUGACCUCUGUGGAGCAACAUUGCUGUGGCGCACUGCAGAAGGUCUUUCACGCACUCCAACCGUGAAGCACCUGGAAGCCCUAAGACAGGAAAUAAAUGCAGCUAGGCCUCAGUGCCCUGUGGGCUUUAACACAUUAGCCUUUCCUAGUAUGAAGAGGAAAGAUGUUGUAGAUGAAAAGCAACCCUGGGUUUACCUGAACUGUGGCCAUGUCCAUGGGUACCAUAACUGGGGGAACAAAGAAGAAAGAGAUGGGAAGGACCGGGAAUGUCCAAUGUGCCGAUCUGUUGGCCCAUAUGUGCCUCUCUGGCUUGGCUGCGAAGCUGCAUUCUACGUGGAUGCUGGCCCUCCAACUCAUGCAUUCAGCCCAUGUGGACAUGUGUGCUCAGAAAAGACAACUGCCUAUUGGUCCCAAAUCCCUCUUCCCCAUGGUACCCACACUUUUCAUGCAGCCUGUCCAUUCUGCGCGCAUCAGCUUUCUGGUGAACAAGGCUACAUCAGACUUAUUUUCCAAGGACCUCUUGACUAACGCACAUGUUACCAGAGAACUGCAUUUAAACACAUAAGCUUAAAGGAUUCUGAUUUCAAAUGAACUGUUGUCUUAAAAUCAACUAUAUUUCAUUCUCUGGGCUUUGACAGUUUACUAUGAGAUGAAGAAUACUUAUUAUUUCAGUGGUUAAUUCCUCUGUAGAUAAUGGAAGAAGUAGACUAUGUAGAAAAGACUGGAGGUGGAUAGGUGGAGCAGACAGAAGGUAGUUCCCAGCCCAUCAUUUUUGAGAUGGAAAAGAUAUCGUUCUUUGCCUUCAACGUCAAUAUUUUGAAUAACAUGCCUUUAAUACCUAAAAGUUGUCUUUUUUAAAAAAGUAUAUAACUGAGGGUAAAAGUGAUCAGUUCAAAAGGACAAUAGUUUACAGCUUGGAUGCAAACAUUAUGUAAUAUAGAGCAACAUGUAUAGUAACUCCCUUUUCUAUUUAUCUUUACUAUGAGAAAUCCUAGAUGACUUGCAUAGAAUAGCAUGGUAGUGGUGUGUUGCAUCCAUUGACUGGAUGUAUAGAUUAGUUCUGGACCAGGAAAGGGUAGGAGAUGGGGAAAUGAUAGGUGAACUUUCUAAAAUAGUACUGAGUUGGUAGAAAAGCAGAAGGGUUUAGAACAAAAUGGAAGCAAAUUACAUUGAUGUGCUUUUUAAGUGCUUAACCAGACAUCAGAUAAACUUGUUUUUUCUUUCGCUCUCUGUCUGGUAGAACUGUAACAAAUGAACUGGUCACAUAACAUUUACCUGAUACUUGGAAUAUGCAAUUUGCCCUCAGUGAAGUUAUUUUCUUCCCUCUAUGUUAAGUAUUCUGUGUUUGGUUUGUUCUUGUUCUGUUUUUUGCAUUUGCAACACUGAAGGGUUUAUGUUUAUUUAAAUAAUAAAAAAACACCAAGGUA